AUGGCUUCCAGAAUUUGCGGAUCUCGAUUCUACGUUGGCCAAAAAGGCGAUCCGCGGCGAGAAGCCACCAUCGGUGGGAUCGUCUCGCUGUAUGGAACCGUCUACGGACUGACAGUCCUUCGCCCAUUCCUAGCGGUCCCAGACCAAGAGGCCAUGUUCAUCGAGGAGAAGACUCCGGUGUCCGAGGAGCAGAACGAGGAAGCCCUGUGGGCGCCCAUCUCGAGUUAUGACGAGGCCGGGAACUCCCCGCUCUGCUCGAGUGACGUGAAAUUGUGCCCAUUCUUCGCCUUCGAGGCCUAUGAUUACCAGACCGACCAGCGGAUCGGGGCGAUCCCUGACCUCCCGGGUCUCGGUGCAGCAGAUCCGAAGUUUUGGCAUCUGGAAGGGAAUUGGGCUCUGGUCCGUCUGGACGAUCAGGCGCUGUGUCCCAACGAGGAUACGACCUCGCUGCACUCGAUCUCCAAGUGCAGCGUCCCGGCGGGUCGAUUGCAUGUUGCAGUCAAUCACCGUCCGCGUCGGCUGAAGAGUCGCAAGCUCAACGUGAUCGACAUGCCCCCCGUCGGCCGGAUGUAUACCCUGUCGAUGGCGGGCUACCCGGUCGAUAGCGGAGCAUGGAUUGUGGACAUGGGCAGUAUGUCCGUGUUCGCGGUUGUGUUUGGCUGGCACCAAGGCAAGACCUAUGCACGUCCGGCGUUUGAGGUCUUUAAUGAGCUCUUCACUCGCUUCUGGGAAGAGCCACCGAUGAUCACGAUGAAGCUGCCAACUGAGCAAGAGAGUGACUGA